AGGAACAAAUGGCAUUUAAAAUAAAUCGAUAUAAUAUUGUCUAAUUUCAUGAAUUUCUGUGUAGUUUACCCUUCUUUCUUUGUAAACAUGUUACAAUUAAUAAAGCUAUGUAUAAAUAAAAUCUUGUCAAUAUGACAUUGCUUAGACAAGGACAAAUUUCAGUUAGAUAGAGAAUCUUUUUUUCUUUUAUAUUUGUGUUUACUUUCCUAAGUCAUAGCUCAAAUUUGCAGGGUCUAUUACUCUCAAUCAAUCUUGUUGAACGUUUCUUCAUAUCAGAACUAACAAUAAUGGGGUCGGUUUGUUCAUCGGGCAUGGCUGAGGAGAAGAAGAAGAAGAAGAAUGCAGAGGUUGUUAAUGGAGAGAAGACUAUAAGGUGUGCUUGGAAGCUUCGGAACAAAAACAAGAUCGUUGCUAACAGGAAUAAUGUAUAUUCAAGGACUAUUCAUGGUGUUACAAAACAAAAGAACAAAGAGACUCGGUUUUCAACUGAGUUCAAGAAAUCGAAUAAUCCUACUGCAUCACGUGCAAAACAGGGCUCGCAACGUGGCUCCUUGCUCGGCCGAGCCGGGGAGAGGGCGGUGGAAGUUCUGGACACACUUGGAAGCAGCAUACCAAAGCUGAGCACAAGUGAUGGAUUUAUCUCUGGCAUGAAUCUUAAUAGAGGGCACAAAAUAUGUAUAUUGGCCUUUGAAGUAGCCAACACAAUAAACAAAGGAGCAAUUCUGUUUCAUUCACUCUCUGAAGAAAACAUUCAGUUCCUUAAAAAAGAGAUCUUUCAAUCAGAAGGAGUUCAAAAAUUGGUUUCUACUGAUACAACAGAGUUACUAAGUCUUGUUGAGGCUGACAAAAGGGAAGAAUUCAAUGCCUUCUCCAAGGAAGUAGUUAGAUUUGGAAAUAUGUGCAAAGAACAUCAGUGGCAUAACCUUGAUAGAUUUUUCUCAAGAUUAGGUGUGGAUGUCUUGAGCAAUAAAGACCUUAAGCUAGAGGCAGAAAAGACAAUGCAGGAGUUGAUCACACUAGGUCACAAUACUGCUGAAUUGUACCAUGAGUUAAGUGCUUAUGACCGUUUUAAACAAGAUUAUCAAGAAAAGGUUAAGGAGAUGGAGUCCUUAAAUCUUCCUUUAAAAGGGGAGAGUCUCACAAUUAUUCAGAGUGAGCUAAAGCAUCAAAGAAAGAUUGUGAAGAACUUGCAAAGGAAAUCUCUCUGGUCCAGAAAUUUGGAGGAGGUAGUUGAAAAGCUUGUAGAUAUUAUUACCUAUAUGCAUCGAUCAAUUUCUAAGUUCCUUGGAAAUGAUGCAGGUGCAACUGUUGUCAAGUUUACCAGCAAUGGUUCUCAAAGACUAGGUGAAGCUGGUCUUGCAUUGCACUAUGCUAACAUUAUCAAUCAGAUAAAUAUGAUGGCAUCUCGGCCAUCAGCAUUUCCUCCAAAUAUGAGGGACACAUUAUAUCAUGGAUUGCCCAAUAGUAUUAAGAGUAUCCUUCAAUCUAGGUUGCAAAAUAUGGAUAUCACUAAAGAGCUUUCCAUGACUCAGGUCAAAGCUGAGAUGGACAAGACUCUCCAAUGGCUAACCCCAAUUGCUACAAAUACGACCAAAGCACACCAAGGGUUUGGAUGGGUUGGUGAAUGGGCAAAUGGAGGGAAUAAUAAUGAGUUUGGUGACAGCACAGCCAAGGAGAGUAAUCUAAUUCGCCUCCAAACAUUAUAUUAUGCUGAGAGGCAUAAGAUAGAUUCUUACAUAAUUGAAUUGUUGACAUGUCUCAACCAUUUGGUUACAUUUGUAAGAUAUAGACAUCAUAGUGGUAGUAAUAAUGGCAUCAAGCCUAAGCAAGGCAAAAGUAACAGUCCUCAGAAGGGUCUUGACUUUCAGUCAAAGAUGUUGCAAUUCAUAACAACCUUGGAGAGGGAUAGGAACAACAUAGGAACUCAUCAACAACUUUCACAAGAAGAUAAGAGUUUGUUGGAAGAGGUAAUUGCAAGGACAAGGAUCCCUGGAGUUAGCAAGAGUGAGAACCUUGCAUUGACCAACAAGAAGGAAUAUGCAAACAGUGGUUUCUUGCAUUAUAGCAAGAGUGUUGGGAGUUCACCUCUUAAUAAGGGCUUAUUUGGAUUUCACCACCAGAAUUCACAUGUUUUGGACCUCAUAGAUGGUUUAAGACAUUGAAUUUCUUCUUCUAUAUAUACAUAAACACAAAAUACUAGCUAGGUUUAUAGUGAUCUUAUUAAUUAAUUUCUUGUAUGCUUUCUAAGUUAUUUUUUGUAGAGAAAUUGAAGCUAGUUAGGUGGAAUACUUAUAUACGUUUGAUGUUCUUGAAGGAGAUUAAUUCCUUGACACAAAUUUGAUCCACAUAUGUAAAGGUCCUACCAAAAAUAUGUAAAGUAAUUUUUCAUUGUGCCUAA